UCAUGGGAGCUGUAGUCUGCUGUGCGGCGCAGGAGGACAGCUGAUGAGCCGAGGAUUGUGGGAGAUCAGAGUUUGGAGAUGUGAGCUGGUGGACGAGCGAGGCUCAUCAAACUCUCUGUCUGUCUGACCCUCCUCCUCCUCCUCCUCCCCCUCCUCUGCAGCCUCCUCAUCUCACCUCCUCAUCUCUGCUGCUCACCUCUUCCUGCUUCUUUCUGUCAAUUCUUCAGCCUUCAUCCCUCCAUCGUCUUCCUCAGCCUCUCAGUCAGGAUGGGCUGCCGUUUCACUCGGACGAAGGCCAAGACUCGUGAACCAUCUCGUCACCGACACCGAGAGGAGCUGCACUUUGUGGAUGAGUAUGGCCAGCCGAUCAAUGUGCAGGUGGAGGCGAGAAGGGGACAUGGUCACAGGAGACGGCGGUCUCGUUGUGCCAUUGAGUGCCAAGUCCCGACCGAAAGACACUGGGAGGCCUUGAGAGCCAUGGGACUGAUGGAUGGUGAGGGAGGCCAAGGAGAUGGAUACAGUGCAGGGCCAUACUACGGUCACGUGACCAUGUCACCUGACCUAUACCCUGCCAACAGUCACAUGAUGAUGUCACCUGAUGUCUAUCCACCCAAUGGCUAUCUGCCCAGAUCAUCAAAUGACCAGCACCCGGGUAACAACUACCUGCCCAGCGUCUCCUACAGCUUAGAUCACCUGGACAGACUGGACUACCAGGGUCCAGACAUGUUGCCCUACCAGCCGAACUCAGAGAGCUGUCUGAUUGGCUGCUAUAACACAGAAGAGAUGGAGCCAAAGAAUUUCCCCAGACAGUCCGACUAUCGCCCUCCUUGGCGGUCUGAUCGUCUUCUUGGAUACCUUCCCCUCAGUGAGCUUGACAGCGGGCUGGGAUGUGGCCCUGACAGCCCACACCACCGGGUGGCGCUCUCCGAGGCUGAAACAGAUGCCAUGUCAUCAUUGCCAGGUCACACUCCUUCCUCCCAAGGCUCCUCCUCGUCCUCUGAGUCGCUGAUCUCCUCCGAACCCAGCGACUCUGGCUUUCACAGUGUCAGCACUGGGGAGCACAGACGGCUGCAUAAGAUUCAUGGAAGCCAUGCCCACCGACAAACUCACCAUCUCCGCUCAGGCCACUCCCCUCGAGAGCAGAGAGGACGCUGGGAUUUGGAGUCCAUCCCUGAGACGACUCAGAUGACUCACUCUGGAGCCCCUCAGCCAUCCCGCUGCAGUGUGGGUAACAGCACGACCACAACAGUACAUUUCCACAGAGCUGAGAGGAGUCCCACCUUACCUCGCAACCGCUCGCCACCUUCCCCUUCCAUCGGUUGCCGUACUGAGCCCUGCCAGCGUAGGGCGCUGUGGUUGGACCAACAGCAGGGAGGAAGCGGGACGAUAGAGGCUCCAGGGCGGAGUCGAACAAUAACAGAUUUGAGUGAAGGACAGCGCCAGCGCAGGGCCAGUCACCCCAACAUGGCAGAUCCAAACACUCUGAGAAACAGACUCCAGAACAGCCAACCAGGAACAGCCAGCAACACACUGGGGCCGAGGAGCAGGGCCAGUUAUCCCAGUAGCUGUCACCCCACCAGUCAUCUCAGCAUAGACAGAACCAGUCUGACCAAUCAUCAGAACGCACUGAGAAACAGCCAGGGCAUGAGCCCGAGCAGAGAGGACUCCCUUUCUAAGAGUCCUGGAUCAGGUUCCAGCGGAGCGUCAGACUGGCGUGGCUUUCAGACUCUUGGGAGUCGCACCAGCAACCCAAAAGUACCCUCUGUUUCUUUCUACAGCACACUGGGCGCCCCACAACAUAACCCCCACUCUCCACCCUCUCCUCGCUCCAGACUAUCCAAUCAGAAGUCAGUCAGGAACCAGCUGCUCAGAGCCCGAGCUUACCGAUUGGCCAGGGAGCGCAGUGAGGUCACAACAGACGAAGAGGUGCGCGGAGAGGGGGAAAGAGAAGGUGAGGAGGAAGGAGAGGAUGGCCGCUGGGCGGGGCGUUACUGGAACCGGACUGAACGGAGGCGCCACCUGGCGAUAUCGCGUCAACACAGAGAGAGGAGAGGAGGAGGGGAUGAGCAGGCCGGAGGACUUCAGGGGUCGCUGUCGUCUCAGACAGUGCUGGAGCUGAGCCACAUGAAGCAGAACCGCCUGAGGAACAGCAAACUGCUCGAUGAUUGGACAACUGUGGAGGAGCUGCUAACUCAUGGGACACGAGUGGAGAGCGACAAUCAGCUUUGUCCCAGCCCUCUGUUGUCAGUUACUACUGUCUGACUGGGCCGACCUCUGACACACAGAACCACUGCUGGUUACUGCUGACUGAUCCAACACUCAGGCCCAGAUUCAUUACAGGCUCGCAUGGUGUCCACACUGAAAUGACCAAAUCAGAAAGACAGCCUUGUGAAAUUGUCCCGACAGAGGCAAUGGUGACGCAUCUAUCAAUUACAUAUAAUUCACAUCAUUCUGAGCUGUGUCAAGAACACACACAAUCCACAAGCUCGCUUAACAACACUACCCUGUAAGUGUUUGUAGUGAAUCUAGGAUGUUUUCAAAGGAAGAGUUUGCACACACAGACAGUCGCAGCCAUUCACAGUCUUGGUGGAAACAAGAAGAUGGUAGAUGUUCAUAAAGACACCGUGUUUAUUGUCAGUCCUUCAGCUGACUCCAACAGUGCACAGCCUCCAAAGUCACAAAACAAAAGUCUACUUACAUGCUCCGAGGGUUGGGUUGUUUGCUAACUGCUCAUUAGCUCAAGUAAUUACUUUGAGAACUGAAAUCUAGAUAUUUUUUCAAGAAUGACCAGAAACUAAAAAGUGAGGCAACCAGAAGCAUUUAAUUAACAACAUACAGGAUGAGAAACUUUUGUAUAUGGAGUUCCCCAGGGAUGGCAUUUUUCUGUAUGCCAAUGGAGACAUGAGCAGCACACUGGUUCCCUCAUCAAAAAGCCUAUGGAAUUUUUCAGUUGGAUUUUGGAUUAUUGCAAAAAUGAAUCUCUGUGGCAAACAAACAUUUAUGAUACACAUUUCGUUCAGCAAGAUAAUCUCCACAAACGAACACCACUUUAAUGAUUACUGAAGCCUAAAUGCAAUCACCAGAAGGUAAAUGCUAACGUUAGGCUAUAAACAAACUACACUGCAGUCACAUGACCCUAAACCACUACACUAACAAGAGUGUAAAGCCAUGUUCGGUGCGGCGCGUUGAUGUUCUGUGGUCUCAUGUAGCCACUUGUUAGCAACUGCCUUUUUAAAGACACAUAAAAUCUUAAAAAUUCACAAUGGGGAAUUGACCCUUCGCUAAGCCUCUCCCUUAAUCAGUCACUGUCCAAUCCUACGUUAGCAACCGUGUGUAGCAACUGGGAGGUCCGUCAAGCUUUCAGCAGAAGCUAAUAUGCCAAAGCGGCGUGCGUACGGUAACGUUACCUUCAAGUCCAACACCUGAUACCCAAAAAGUGUCAAAGGUGGUGUUGAAUUUUUCCCCUUCCCCAAGCCCAAGACCCAAGGAAGAUAUGGCUAAAACAGUGUGGAAGACCACACGAACAGCUGAAUCCAGCAAAGAUCAAUAAAAACACCUAUGUUUGUUCAAAGAUGCUAACUAACGUUAGCUAAUGCUAGCUUUGUGUGCUAGCUGCUCUCCCUUUGUCUGCCCAAGGAGGGAACAUAACUCAACAUUAACUUAAAUUUAAACCAUAUAUUGUCUUACCCUGCUGUACAAGAACAUUCUUUGUCCUUCACGUGAAGUGUCAAGACGUGGGGUGCCUGACGCUUGCAUUGCGACUGGUGAGCUGCUCCCUCUAUUUUAAUGUUCUCAUGGUUUAUACUGCCAGCAGAUGAUAUUGUGAACGUAGCUCUCACAUGCAAAUUGAAGACCUUUCUGUCGUCUUCUCUCUGAUAUCUCUGAACAGUUUUUCCAGAAAUUUGAUGUUAUUUCCUUUGGAAUAUCUCUCACUGAUAUCGCUGAAAACUCCAUAUUUCUUAUGCUAGGAGUGAAAGCUGACGGACAUGGCAACAGUAACUAAGGUGGGGUCAAUUGACUGGUGUAUUUUAUGUUGUAGAACAAAACAUGAGUCUCUUCAGCUUGUGCGAACCACAGACCUCAUUUCAGGCAUUCAACAAAAACUCCUUAAAAAAAACCCACUGACUUCGAGAUGGGGGAACCAGAAGUGCUAAAAUGCUAACUCAUUUCCAGGAUUUAGGACUUAAUCCAGGGGCAUGUCUAUGUCAACAGGCUGGUGAGAGUGUGAGGGAAUCAACCAAAUGGUCAGUGGGUACAUUUACAUGCACACUAAUAUUCCCCUGGUAUUCUGAAUAUACCAUAUUCUGAAUUUACUAAACAGCUUAUUCCAUUUAGACAUUUAGGUGUUUUUCCAAAUUUUGCAUUUUCCGAUUAAGACAUGAGAGAAACACAAAUAUAAGAAGUUUUCAGGUUUUAACAGCAUUAUUUGGACGUGUAUACAGGACAUUCAGAAUAUGCAUCUUAACUGGGGUUUUACCGCCGUUUAUGAAACAUGGCGUCUUGUUUACAGUCGGCUCUGUGUGUUGUACACAAACCAACUUGCCAACAGUUCACAGAGUUCAUAGAGAAGCAUGCCCAAAAGAAAACUCCACAUUUCUGGCCAGAAGCAGAAACACACCUGUGUUUAAACAUUGUGAAAGACUUUGGUACCAACUGGUUUUUGGAUAUGCACAAAUAUCACAACACCGACCUUUUUAAGAAGGUGGUUUAGGGAAUGACAGUAGAAGGCUGAGCUCACACUGUCCAACAAGUCCAGCACUGAUGGAAAACUGUGAAAAAAAUCUUAUUUUGAUCAAAAGACACUAACUGGUAAGCAGCUCCAGCCAUUCCACUGUUCUGUAUUUUGACUUGAUAAAUGUUAGGACACGUUAAUUGGAAUAUUCAUUUUCAUGAGCGAUGUAAACAGCUUAGUACAAAUUCUGUCUUUUUCGGAUUAAGGCCAAAAACAGAAUAUUUUGUGCAUGUAAAUGUAGUGACUGUGAAGUUGUAGAAACAAAACAAUGAGCUAAAAGAUGCCAGAAGCUGUGUAGAGCUGCAGACCUGGUGUAAUCCGUCAGUGGGUUUGUCAACUAGUGUCCUUUUCGUGCUGCAUUGUGUCACAAAUGGCUAAAUGGAAGUGACAAGGAGGGAGUCCACAAGAGAUUUAGCCCACUCAAAACAAACAUGAUCUGUUAGACUAACAUUAACUCAAAUGAACAAGGGAGUGUGCAGUCAGUAAUGAGAGCCAUGCAUGCAUGCAAUGUUUCAUCGUAGAAUGAUUCGAAUGAUAUCUUACAAAUUUGCGUCCCAUAUAUGUCCUGAACAUAAAGUUAUGUAAUUAAUGUAAAGUUACGGAGGUCAAGUUUGGGCAAGUAAAGUAAUUGUGGUGAGGUUUAGGGAAAGAAACAAAGUGAGGAUGUUCCUUUAAAGUGACUCAGAGUUCACACGGUUCUGCACGUGUCUCCAGGGUACAGUCCAGGGGAAAAGUUUACAGUUUUGUGACCCAUGCACCACCCCAACCUGCCUCCUUACAAGGCUAGUUGGGGCUGCUUCCUUGUUUACUCCCGUCUGUGCAUUAGUCUUGUGAUCGCAGCAUUUCAAAAAAACAAUGAGAUAUGUGCAAAUUUGGUUGCAUUGCUUUUCAUAGGAAAACUUACAGUUUAUGAGAACAGCCUAAUGGCCGUGUGCCAAGUGUGUCCUGGAGGUGUCAAAGGUGCAAAACUAAAAAGCAGUGAUGCAGGGUGGAUGUGUGUUGUAGGACAGGAGAAAGCAAGUAAACAUGUGGUGCUCCUCAAAGUCAAGGAUGCUUCCUUGGUAGGACGGGUCCUCCCAAGUCGGGUCCUACAGAGACUAGGCAAGACUCCUUCCUAAAGCAUUCAGUGAACACAGAUUAGAACUGUGGGUACUUCAUGCCUGCUGAGGAUACAUACAUGCAUCCUUGAAAUCCUCUUAAGGAAGGUUUCGUUUAUUGGUAGAAUUCAAAGGAUCCUUGUCAAUGGAACAGUCCUUCAGUGGUAUUCAGUGACCUUGAAAGCUGUUUAAGGAUCCUUCCUUGACUUUAAGAAGCACCAAUGGAGCCGCUUUUACAGUCUGAAAGGUCCAGGUGAGCUUAAUCAAGCCAACGACCCUCCAACAUCAGCCACCUGCCUGAUGAGGUUGGUACCAGGACAGCCUCUAAGACAGCGGUAGGGGCAUCAUAUUUGCAACAAUCUAUGCAAUGUUAAAAUAAAAACAUAGCUUUAGGCCCUUAAAUACUCUGAAAUGGAGAAAAUUAACUUAAAGUCCCCCUUGUGGACAAUGAGACAACAAUUUGAGCGUCAUGAAUCUCUUUCAAAAAUUUCAAUUUCAAAAAUACAGUUACAUUGGACUCUGCAGUCGUAGUGAAUCUGGAUCUGUCAUUUACUGUCUGAGAGGAAGUUCAACUUUCUUGUUGAUGUGUCAGAUCCUGGAAGUGUCUUUUUAUAUGGAUCAAGAACAACGAGAGAACGUGGCCAAAACUCUUACUGCGGCUCAGGAGGAAAAUUACCAUCAGCUAUCCAGAGAAAAGGUUGAAAUGAACGACAAUCAGGAGGAACUGAUUUAAUCUGAACUGAAUUUAAACCAACACCAUUGUCUGAAAGAAAAACUCUAAU